AUGGUAGUGAACGUGUGGCCGUUUCUCGAGGCCAAUAGCCGGGCAUGGGAGGUGCUGACACGUGGCGGUUCCGCGCUGGACGCGGUGGUGGAAGGAUGUAACGUGUGUGAGGUGCUUCAAUGCGAUGGAUCAGUGGGGUAUGGAGGAAGCCCGGACGAGAAGGGCGAAACAACACUCGAUGCCAUGGUCAUGGAUGGGGACUCCAUGGACGUGGGGGCAGUGGCCGGCCUGCGCCGAGUCAAGGCGGCAGUGCGGGUGGCGUAUCUUGUCCUCUUGCACACGUAUCACUCGCUACUGGUCGGUGAUGCAGCAACAGACUUCGCCCUGGAAAUGGGCCUGCCCGGCCCUGAAAAUCUCUCCACCAAUCGCUCUCUCGCCAUGUGGCGCCAAUGGAAGGCCGCCAGCUGUCAGCCCAACUACUGGCGCAACGUGACGCCCGACGCCGCCCGCUCCUGCGGCCCCUACCGCCCGGCUCCAGAAGCAUCUGCUUCUGAACCACGUGGUGGUGAAACAGCCGUCCCUCAGGGGGCCGAAGCGGGUGCUGCACCUGGUGCCGGACCUGCUACCGGACCUCCUACCGGACCUGGAGCCGGACCUGGUGGUGCCGGACCUGCAACCGGACGUGGUGGUGUGAGCGUAGGGUGUGAUCCCAGCCUUGUUGGCAGGCAGCAAGGCUCUUCGAGGAGGCGAAACCGGCUGGCAUCACACGACACCAUCUCCAUGGUCGCCAUAGCACAGAACGGCAGCAUGGCAGCAGCGACAUCCACCAAUGGACUCACCUUCCACAUCCCAGGGAGGGUGGGUGAUGCACCCAUAGCAGGGGCAGGAGCAUAUGUGGACUCCAGAGUGGGGGGCUGUGGGGCAACAGGAGAUGGUGACGUCAUGAUGAGGUUCCUGCCAUGGUAUGCUGACGUCAUGGCCGUGUGUGCUUACUGA